CGCGGAGCAUCCGUCUUCUCCAUCCCGGGAGGGAAUAGAGAGCCAUUUGCUGACAUUUGCGAGCCAAACUCUGGACUGACCGUACGGGUUUGGAAGAGCAGUUUUCUGUCACUCCGAAAAAUCGGCAGUGGGCUGCCCAAAGGAACCAAAGGGAUUGAUCACAUCCCUGACAUUCCUUUUUUUUUGGAGUUUGUCCCACUUACUUUGACGGUGGUUUUUGAUCACAAAACACCAUGAGCUCACGUCAGCGAAAGCGCCCUGGAGGAGCAAUUGAUUCCAGACCAGCUCGGAAACGGAGCAGGCUGCUGCCCUCCAGCGCAGGUGGGACUUCGCAGACGGAGCCAAGAGACCUUGAGGAAAGUGCUACACCCGCUUUUGAGCCUGCUGGUGGAGAGUUCCUAGAUCUCACAGGUGACUCUUCAGAGCUUGGAGUCAUCGCUAUCAGUAUUGAUGAGUCUCCUGUGGACAGCCAGCAGAGCCAGCAGCAGCCACAUCUUUCCAGAGCAUCAGAGAAUUCAGCCGAGCCACUGGCAAGGAAUGAUGAAGAGGAACCAAGAGAAGAUGAUGGUGCAUGGCCAGCAGGUCCUGCUAGUCCUCCGAUGAGGGAAGGUGACAACUCACAGGUGCAGGACAAGGAUCAGAGCCAGCAGUACCCACUUGGCUCCAGAGACACAGAGAAUUCAGUCGAGCUACGGGCGAGUGACAGUGAAGAGGAACCAAGAGAUAGCAACGAGUAUGUGACUGAUGAAGAGUCUCUCCAAAGUGCAAUUUCUGAUACAAGUGCAUGGACGGCACGUCUCGUUAGUCCUCCGACUUGUGAGGAUGACAAUGCAGAGAGCCAGCAAGACCCACUUGAUUCCAGAGCAGCAGAGAAUGCAGCUGAAGUACUGGCGAAUGAGAGUGAAGAGGAACCGCAAGAUACUGAAAGUUCUGCUCUCUCUAGUGAUUGGCUACUAUUUGAUUUCGAUCUUCCAUAUUGGUCAGAUGAGGACUCAGAGGCCAGGGAGCAGAACCAGCAGCACUCACAUUUUUCCAGAUCAGCAGAGAAUUCAGCUGGUCCACUGACAGCCCAUGACGAAGAAGAACCAAAAGAUAAUGAUUGUGCAUGGCCAGCAGGUCCUGCUAGUCCUCCGAUGAGGGAAGGUGGCAACUCACAGGUGCAGGACAGGGAGCAGAGCCAGCAGUACCCACUUGGUUCCAGAGAGGCAGAGAAUUCAGCUGAGCUACGGGCAAGUGACAGUGAAGAGGAACCAAGAUAUAACGAUGAGUAUGUGGCAGAUGAAGUGUCUCUCCAAAGUGCAAUUUCUGAUAUAAAGUACACACAAGUUUUUUGCCAAACUGUAGGAUUCUACUUGAUUCUGUGUCAUGGAAUCUGA